GCACAGCUCGUCGCAUGUUCGGAUUUCGACGCAAACAAGGACGUCGAGGAAGACGACCGGCCGCUCCCCAUCACUGCACAAGUAACACUAGCUGAUCAUCAUCAUCAUCAUCGGGAGGGAGAGAAAGAGGCUGCGUGGGCGCAGGUUAUCCCAGCCAUGCCUUUACCUUUAGUAGCUGGGCUCUGGAGGCCCUUCAUACUCACCCCCAUUGGUGCUACCAUACUGUUGAUCGCCUCCUGCUGAUCACGCCACGGGGGAGUAGCCGUAGAAAAUCUUCAGCACAGGAUGAGCAACGGCGCCGCGGCCGCGAGCUCGCCUACGGGCACCGCAGCCGCCGGCAACAGCGAGGACUGGGCCGAGUUUUGCGAUAGGCAGGCAAGGUACGCCGCUCAAGAGUUCGCCCGGGCGUUCUGCACGUACGUCAACGUCGAGCUCACCGAGAUCGCCAGGACCAAUCUCUCGUACAAAGACUUUUUGAGGAAGUUCUUUGAGAGAUUCUGCGAUCACUUCGAAGUGGAGUACAGCAAGCGUUCGGUCAGAUCGCCAUCGAGCCAAAAUCUGAGGCUAACAGCAUCCAACAACCGCAUAAGCAAUGCAAUCAGCCAAAACAACAGGAUAUCCGUGAGAGCCUCUUCUAAUGAGGAGUUUGGCAAUCAUUUGCAGCAAAAUGGUGAAAAAACAUCGCCGAAACCCACGCACAAACCUUUCUUCCGGCGCUUGUCUUUCAAGGGUCUGAAAAAAAGUAAGGCGUUCUUUCUUAAGCAGCAAAGCGACGAUACCGAGCGAGCUCACGUAGAAAAUCGCAAGGUCGACAAGCAUUCAAAAACCAAACUUUCGAAAAUCGUCGUCGAAUGUAGAAAAGAAGGAUACGUGAAUGCGAUGGUUGUCGAAAACGCCGAUAAUGCCGAGAACACAAACAUCUCAUUAAAUAACACCGACAACACAGAUGGAUCCCAACAGUUUGAAAAGUGCAGGCUGUCCCUGGUCCGAGCCAGUGCGGGCUACAUGCUCGAGUUCUUUUACUCCUCGAAAUCUAAGCCACGCUACGGCAUAUUUUGCUCGGGUAUAUCGGAGACGCGAGAGACGACGGCUCUCGAGAUGCCCGACAAAGAGAACACCUUUGUUCUAAAAACCGGGGAAAAGGAAUUCAUCAUAGAGGCAAAGGAUCCCGUCGAUAUGAAGUCGUGGCUGGCGACGAUCAAAUAUUGCAUACGAGAUCCCCAGGGAUUGCAGUGCGAGAGCAGUGGAAGCGAUCUAAUUGACGAUGGGAGUUUGAUGCACGGACUCGUCUCGAUGCACGUCGAUGAAGACAGGACUAGGGCUAAUUCUGCGAGCAAAAGUAUCCGUUCCAACACAGAUCAUUUGGAUGAGCACGGCAGUAAUCCACCAGAAUUGCCACCGAGAUUGAAGGCAAGAAGUAGCAGUAACUUGGAGCUGUGCUCAUCGCAACAAGAAAUCGAACAGAUUGCAGGCAACGAGGUAGAAUCUUUUGUAGAUCUUUCAAGUAGUCUCCGAGAGUAUCCGUGGUUUCAUGGAACACUUCCAAGAACCGAUGCUACGAUGUUGGUCUUACACAACGGCACUGACGGCCACGGCACGUUUUUAGUACGACAGAGCGAAACGCGAAAAGGAGAAUACGUUUUGACAUUCAACUUCCAAGGGAAAGCCAAGCAUCUGAGGAUGACGUUGAACGACCAGGGUUGCCGAGUUCAGCAUCUCAGUUUCAGCACGAUUCACGACAUGUUAGAGCAUUUCCGCCAGCAUCCAAUACCUUUGGAGACGGGUGGAACGGCCGAUGUCAAGCUCACUGAGUACGUGGUGGCGAACCUCGUGGUGCACGGUCAACCAGUCCUUCCUACCACUACCCUCAAUUCUUCGUCACAAUCAUCGGACGCGACGAUGCAACAAGAGCGCAGAGUGGUACCAUUGCCGGAGCCUAGAGAAGUACAAACUUUUGCUGGUUCAAUAAGACUUCGGACCGAAUCGCUCGAGAGAAUUGAACAACAGCAACUACAAGUACAACAGCAACAGUUGCAACAUCAAAGUAAUAUCACAGGUGAGCAACAGGCUACGGCAAAUCGGGCUGUUCAGAAUGCAUAUAGCUUUCUUUGACGCUGGAUGAGCAAAACCUUACCAAAUCGUUAUCACCCGGUUGGACCCUACGAUUAAAAACUGCUCCAACGAGUCACGUUGCAAGUGUGUAUAAAUGAUAUGCAUAUGAGGUCGCGAUCUGCAGUUGUUUUAUUGGAUUUUGUAAAAAUUUAGUUACGUAGUUUUUACUUAUAUGACUCCAUUACCCUUGACAUUAGAAAUUUUAUUUUUGAAAUGUUUAAUUUUUUUAUUGUUGCCAUUUCUUUCACAAUUCGGGUUUGACUUGAAAAAAUGUUUUAAAAUCAAUCAAAUGUAAUAAAGAUACAGGACGUUCAAAUUUCGUUAAAUUAAGGAGUGACAUCUCGUGCGUCAAUGAGAUUUAAAAUUUGAUUAUUUUUUCUUUAUAUGAAAAAAGAAAAAUUUGUGCCCAAUUUAUUUCCGAGUGGCCCCUAGUCGAUUAAAAUGAGGUUAAACUCAAAUUAUAAGUAUUUUGAGACAUUUUUCAAUUAAUUUUUAUUUUUAAAACUAUGUCACUCACUCAAGGCUAAUCAGGGAAAUUCAUAAAGUAUAGUAUUAAAGUAUUUCUCGAAACACCUGAAUAGUACAGAUAUAUCGCGUUGGUUUUAAAGUAACAUUUUAAUAUUAACCAUUUCAAAAAUUAUAACCCUGUAUAUGUAUAAUGUACGUUAAUUUGUUUGCAACUCAGUUCCUUUAGAGAAAAAAAAAUAUUCUGCCAUAAAAAAAAAUCUGUAUAUUUUACGUGUAAAAAUUUCGGACAGAAAAGUUUUAAGAAUAUUUUGAGACAAAGUUGCUUCGGCGGUGAUUGAGAUUAAUCAAUAGAUUUUUUAUUACUAAUCAAAUUCCUGCGUGAUUUUAGAAUAUAAAAGGUUGUUUGCUUUUGUAAUAUACUUUUUAAUGGACUUUAAGUAGCUUAUUAUUGCAAUUUUUUGAAAUUUUUAGCUUCCUUAAAUGCUGUCAGAUUCAGAUGUAUGUUUAUCAAUGUCCUUAAUUAUAUCUUAUUUAUUUGAUACAUGUAUAAACUACAUCACGCAGAAGCUUUAUUACAUUAAUACAACGAAAUGCCAUAAGUUAUCAAUGCAACAACAGGAUUUAAUAAUGAUUGUCUUUUAAGUCAUUUAAAUUAUUUCCUAGUACUUUAGGGCUAUUAUUAUUUUACGUUUUUCAUAGUUUUGUCUUGUAUUGGAAUUUAUGCUGUGCUACUUGCAUUCCCAAUUUUUAUAAGUAUAUUUAUAUACAUACAUGCAUAGAAUAUAAAGUGCAACCUUAAAUGAAAUAUGUACCAUAGAAAAAAAAGGCACCUGUGCCUUGAAAAACCAAUUGUAAACAAACUUUAUGCUCAUUUUAGUGACAAUAUUUAUAACAUUAAAAUAAGAACUUCGCUUGCAAUGUUAUUGCAUUAAGUUGCUAUUUUUUGAUGAUAAAGACUAGUUUUAUGACUUUAUACGAUGAUAUUACUUUUGUUAUAUAUAUAUUUAAUUUAAUUGAGAAUAAGAUAUGAAAAACUGAGUUUUUGAAUGGUAUGUAAUAUAUAAUGGAUUAGAAUGUGUGCAAAAUAUGUAAUGGUGUGUAAUAUAUAUAAAUAUAAUGUAAUAUACAUUCGUAAUACAUGAUGGCGUUUUGUAAUUACGUUCAUCUUUCCAUACAUUUUCGUAUUUUGACAGUUUUACCAUCGCAGUUUCAAAAAUUGAGACCUGUAGUCCACACAACAAAUUAAAUAUGAUGCAGAUAUAAAGUAUUCAAAUAUGGGAUUGUUACUUUUUCUUGAGAUAGAAAAAAAAAUAAUAAGAAGUUAGGAGAGAAAUUGCAACAACCAUUGGGUAAGUAUGGUAGACAA